AAUGGACGUGGAGUUGUCAUCAGUUGUCAUUAUCACGUCCUUAUUUCUUUUGACAAAAAAAAAUACAAAUUGGAUUAAAACUAAAUAAUAUUUUGUAAAUUAAUUUUUCCGUACUGAGUAUAAGUGACAUGAAGUGACAAAGGGAAAAAUAAAGUAGAAAAAUAAAUGCAAUGUGUGUAUAAUGGACUUGAAAAUUUUCUGUCAUCUCUCUUAUAAUUAGAAGAAAAGUUUACAAUUUUUUUAAUAAUAAAAGUUUUUAUCCGGAUUAAUUAAAUUUAUUUGAACAGGCAAUAAUUAUACAUCGUUUUAUUUAUAAUUUGUAAAAAUGAAGAAAAUUCUGCCUUGUGGACUUUGUGCGGCUGCUCCUCUUUUGAAAAAUAUGUCAAAUGAAGAUAAUUCAAAACAAUCUGGCAGUGAAAAAGUAUUAAUUCGUCCCUCGGAACUUCCAAUUUAUUCUCCUGAUACGUGCACUAGAAAGAAAUCAUGUGAGAAAAAGGAAUGUGAACCAUCGUAUUUAGAACAGGGUUUCGGUUCGAUUCGCAAAAGUUUGAAAGGUGUUAUUUCACAAUACGAAACAAUAAGCGAUUCGGUAAAUAAUACAAUUAAUACAGGCAAAGAACACAGUGAACUUUUUGUCGACUAUAUACGAGACGGCGAAACGCCCUGGCCUCGAGUUGGUGCCAUUGCUGCCGGUGGACUUGUUGGUCUCCUCUUGGGAAUUCGUGGAGGAAAAUUCAAGAAAAUAAUUUACACGAGCACUGGCGUUCUUUCCGCGGCCGCUUUUUGUUAUCCUGAAAGAGCUCACGAUGGUUUGGAAUUAGCGAAACAUUACACGGAUAUCGGAUAUAAUUUCGUUUACGGAGUGAAACCUGGCGAUGAAGAACAACUAGAAAUUCAAUGGCCGGAAGUGCCGACUUCAUUUUCGGAACUUGGCGAUUUAGUGAUUGAAUUUGGAUCAAAUACUUUUGAAACCGUCGGGAAUUUAGUCUCCAAAACUGUUGAUUUCGUACAAGAAAAAGAGUCGAAACCGGAUGAUCCAUCAAAGCCAAAAACAAGUUGAAUUUUACAAAUAAACGCCAGUAGUCAAUCCGCUGAAGAAUUAUAAAUAAAAUUUCGCAAAUAUUCAAAAUUAAUUUUUUGAAUAUCAUUCGAUAGUUUAAAGGAAUUUGAUCCUUUGAAUUAUCGAUUUGUUAGAUCGUCUCAAGAUCCGAAUCCAUUGUAAAAAGAAACAAUAAAUCGAAUUAAACUAAAAAAA